CUGGGUUCAGUCAUAACCCAAAAGUUGAGCAGAGAACAAGUCAACCACUGCAAUCCCUUCUCAGCUAACUAAACAACCCUUUCUGUGUUCUGACGCCAACGUGAGAUAUCCUACAUUCGGGGUUUGAAGUAUCUUGAUACACAACAUCUAGAUACACAUCAUCUAGAUACACAACAUCUCACUCAACCAUUCCUGAUUUAAGACACAAACAAACCACAAUAAAACAGCCAACAACAGUGCAACUAGAGAACAUUUGAGACGAGAGAGGACUAAGCGUUUAUCCAACGAUAUCUCCCUUCCUCUCAGACAGAGACAAGUUUCAUAAAAGUAUUUCAGAAUACAUAAACAAAUCCCAGACUGCACUUUGCACUUCCAGUAAAUCAAUCGCCUUUCCCAUAAUCUCAAAUCUUUCACCACAAUAAGAUUCCAAUUUUAAGCCCACCUCAAACCAAAUCCUCCUAGAAAAAGAAUCCUUUUCCCAGCCAACCAACCAGAAAUACAGAAAUCUCCUUCACAGUGUGCCUUCACCAUUAAGACGUUGUACAGCACAAUUACUUAUGUUUGAGAAAAGUGAAAGUUUUUUCAUUUAAUAUAACGAUAUAACGAUGUAUAUAUUUUUAUUUUUCUGAUCUCUGAAGAACGGACAUCCUGCAGAAUCGUGUGAAUCAAAAAGAGUUCAAAUGGCAAGUAAACUGUAGAGUAAGUCAGAGUGCACUUGAUUUGUGCUUAAACAAUGAGUUUUAUCAUGAACAGGAGGGAAUUUGAGACAGAGGAAAACAGACGCCCCAUAUUUGUACCAACGGUCUCACGACUUCUUUUCGCCGAAAUCAAUCUGGAGAACUAAAAGGACUGGCGACAUUGAAAUAUUGUACAUAGACCGGGUACAACCUAUGCCCAAUACUGACGAGAAUUCGGCCCCAACGAACAAAGUUACAAUUGAGAUGAUGUGACAGGACAUAACAAUGUCAACAACGUGAUUUGGAGAGAAGAUCAACCAAGAUGGUGUCUCAAAAGAUGUUUUUGAAACUUAAUAUCGAGAUACAAGAAGCCCACCUGAGAUAAAAAGCAAAAGUCAAGAGGCACUAUUAUUUGUUUGAAAACGCAAACACAUUGUCCUAAUCCAAGAUAAGGGGUGUAAUCUUCAGCAGAAACCCAUCAUGGUUUCCAUCAACGACGACUUGUGAGUGAAGUGCUCUGGAUGUAGAAGAGUGAAGCCGACGAGCUCUCGUUGAUGCCAAGAUGCCCAAUUUUCUAUCUCUCGUUCGGAGCAAAAUUCCUCGACAUUUCACUCAGGUUAUGACAACAUUGGCAGUGAGCCUUGGUCCGUUGUCUGCAGGACUCGGUAAAGGGUACAGCAGUCCAGCCUUAUCUUCUCUCCAAGAAUCAAAAACCAGCAGCUUUCACGUCUCAGCACAAGAAGGGUCCUGGGUUGCGAGCUUGUCGCUGUUGGGAGCCCUGUUUGGCUGCCUUGUGGGUGGGUUGAUGUUACAAGUGGGGAGAAAGCGGACCCUCCUCUAUGUCGCACUUCCUUUCUCGGGCUCUUGGCUCCUCACAGUUUUUGCUCAAAGAGUCGAAAUGAUGUACUGCACCUCCUUUAUUGGAGGAUUCCUUUCCGCUGUCACUCUCCUUGCCACUCAAGUUUAUGUGAGCGAAAUAGCACACCCAGAGAUUCGAGGGUGCUUGAGUGCGGUGUUGAAAAUGGCAGGAGAGAUCGGAACACUGUCAUCAUUCUCUCUCGGAGCUUUCUUGGACUGGAGAGAACUUGCAACUUUUGCGGCAGGAGGUCCGAUUCUAUUCUUCUUUGCCAUCCUCCUCAUCCCAGAAACCCCGAGUUUCCUCUUGUAUCAUGGUCGUGAAGAGGAGGCUCGCAAAGCUAUGACGUGGCUCAGAUCCAGUAAAGAUGAUGUCGCAUCCGAGAUGGAAACCUUACGCAGCAAUAUUUCAACCAAGCAUAAAAGUUUCUUCCCUAGAUGCUCAAGCCAAUUUCCAUUUAGGCAGCUUUUCAUAACUUGUGGAUUGAUGUUUUUCCAAAAAUUUUCCGGUGUCACCGUGUUCCACCAUUAUGCUGUGCCAAUAUUUAAACAGGUUUUUGGAAGAUCGAUUGACGCACAUUGGGCAGCCAUUGUAGUGGUACUUUUACGACUGCUUGGAUCCAUGACAUCGGGAUUGUUAAUAGAUACAGCUGGACGACUCCCGUUGCUCAUAAUAUCCAACCUCUUUAUUUCUGCAAGUUUUUUUGGGUUUGGAUUAUAUAAUUACAUGGAAGAAUCACUACCCCCAAACUACCCAGGCUUUGGGCCCUCCCUGGACUGGAUUCCUCUAACAUGCGUCUUAUUCUUUACCUUGUUCUUUUCGAUAGGCAUUGGACCAAUUUCAUGGUUAAUGGUUGGUGAACUCUUCCCAUUGGAAUAUAGAGGGUUUGGUGCUGCCGUUUCGACAUCCUUCAGCUACGCGUGUGCAUUUGCUGCGGUGAAAACUUAUGUGGAUAUACGAUCAUCCGUUGGACUGUAUGGAGCUUUUUGGAUUUAUUCUGCCAUAUCAAUUGCCGGCCUAUUUUUCGUUUGCUGCCUAGUUCCAGAAACGAAAGGAGUACAGUUAGAAGAAAUGUAUCACGGAAAUGCGCCUCAAAAUACUCCUAAACCAAGCCAAGAAACGCCACCCACGGCUUCAAAUUGUUGUGAUAGCUCUAAUCAUGAUACCCAAAAAGGAAAUCCUAGUAACAAGUUCACAAGUAUUUGUCAUCAAAGAGAAUUGGUGGCAGACACUGUAGCCUACGCAUACUCAGCAAUCCCCCUGCAAUCGGCAUGUGGAAGAAUGCACGUCGUCGUUCCUCCAUGUUCACCGGCAUCAGUAGUAGAAAAGAAAUGUCCAAAAACGCUUUGCUUAAAUUUGGCGACCAGUGUUUCAGACUACGAACCAAUUAGAAAACUCCGAUCGAAAUCCUGUAAUGUCUCAGUGCCCAAAGAGUACAAUAACGUAUUAUGUCCGCCUCAUGAGUAUAAGAUGCUUUGCAACGUCCCUUGCAAUCAUUCAAAGAUUGUUUCCGAAGUUCCAUCAACUAGACGGACAAUCACAGAACAUUCCCCACACCUUCUCCUCCCUCAUUACAAAGCAUAUCAACCACGCCCUUCAAAUUUUUCCUUGUAUCAUUGCACAGCAGACUUGUACCUGUCACGAGACCAAAUUCAACAGAAAAAUCUGGGGAUCGAGCUACGAGCUGCACCACUACCUUCUACAUAUUAUUAUCAUCAAGGAGCAACAAUGCUACAUCAAAAUGGAGACGAAAUCAGUCGCCAACUCCACAAUGGCACAACGCCCAAUAAUUUUAAUACCAUGAUAGAUUCAAAUUUAGCAACAGUUGGAUCGUCACAUUAUCGGAGGCAAGUUAAGGGUACAAUUGUUUGAUGAAUACAAAAUACACCUUACAAUCCACAAUGCCAUGAAUAUAUUUCUAAGCAUUUUUAUGCAAAGUUGAAGUGAUCUAGUCAAACACCUCAUGCUCUACAAGAAAAAGCUUUGCAAACGCUAUAAAUAAUAUUAUAUGCAAAAUAUGAACUCCAAUAUAAUGUACAUGGAAUGACAAUAAAUGAAUUAUCAUUGAAAUUAA